AGCACAGAUAGAGAGAGAGAGAGAGGAUGGGAAGGAAGCCGUGUUGUGAUAAAGAAGGUGUAAACAGAGGAAGUUGGUCUGUCAUGGAAGAUCAAAUCCUUGCCAACUUCAUUAAAGUCCACGGAGAAGGAAAAUGGAGGGACGUUCCAAAACGAGCAGGGCUGAAUCGAUGCGGAAAGAGUUGCAGACUUCGAUGGCUGAACUAUCUCAGGCCCGAUAUCAAGAGAGGAAACUUCUCCGAAGAUGAAGAAGACCUCAUUAUUAGACUCCACAAGCUCCUCGGCAACAGGUGGUCGCUAAUUGCAGGAAGAUUGCCAGGAAGAACAGACAAUGAGAUCAAGAACUUCUGGAACACGAAUCUAAGCAAGAGGGUCCCUCAAACGAAUUACCCCCACAGCAUCAUCAAACCCUCAGAUCCAGCCACAUCAGCACCUCCAACAUCUACUCAUCAACACACAAAAUCCUCGUCCUUUCAUGCUUGUUUUCCUGCAGAAUCUUCUUCCCAACCCAACCUUGUGAUUCGAGCAAAACCAACGAGAUUUAUCAAGAAACCCAUCUUGCCCAAAUCCAAUGCAGCAGAGUGCUUGGAAACCCAGAAUACUACGACUGGUUCCGCACAGGAUAAAAAAAAUGAUUGUUUCUCUUCGUAUGGUUUGCUUGAAGAUUUUGACGUGGAUGGCUUGUUCAUACCAGAGGUGCCACAAGGGCCAUGCACGAGAUGCUUCAAGAACAAGAUGGAGAACACUGAUGAUGACGAAAUGAAUGAAUUAGAAUGCUGUGACUGUGAGAAUCUUAGGGAAGAUGUUGGAGCUGAUCAAGCCGGCGUGGCCGAUGACUCCAUAGGGCAACCGCAUCUUACAACUCAGAAUUGGAUUGUCGGGCAAUUCUUUGAAUCAGCAGAUGAUGACGUGGAUUUCUCUUUUUUAAAUCUACUAAGUGAUGACUGAUUCAUGCAUGGACGAGUCAGAUUAAUCCUACUUGUGUAAUAAAGAGAAAAAUAGACACAAGUCAAAAAUGAGGCUCACCUUUUUGUGUCUGUUUCUCUUUUCAUGUUAGGUGGAUCCAUUUGAAGGGAUCCAUGGUCAUAAAUUGUACAUGGUAAUUUUAUCGAAUGAUUCGAAUUCGAUGAUGAUCUCUCCCGAUGUCGCUGGAGUUUUCAUCGCCAAAUAUAUUUGUCAUGAA